AUGCUCACUGUGUUCGCUAAAGCCUUUGCCAUCGUAUGUGCUUCCUGGGCGGCAUUGGGUUCCACAAACAUCACCUACACUCCCGACUGGGCAUCUCUGGACGCACGACCUCUGCCUUCAUGGUUUGACGAAAGCAAAGUCGGAAUUUUUAUACAUUGGGGAGUCUUCUCUGUUCCAAGUUAUGUGAGCGAAUGGUUUUGGUGGUACUGGCAAGGGAACCCACCGAACCCUCAGGUGUGGGUGUACAUGCAGACGUACUAUGGCUCUGACUUCGCCUACCCUGACUUCGCACAAAACUUUCGUGCAGAGUUCUUUAACCCAAACCACUGGGCGGAAAUUUUCAACGCUUCUGGAGCGCAAUACGUGGUCCUUACAGCUAAACAUCACGAAGGCUACUGCAAUUGGCCCGCACCCUUCUCCUGGAAUUGGAAUUCCGUGGACGUAGGACCACGGCGUGAUCUUGUGGGUGAAUUAGCCAAUGCCAUUCGAACUAACACCAAUCUCCGGUUCGGUCUAUAUCAUUCGAUGUUCGAGUGGUUCAAUCCACUCUAUCUAGCCGACAAAGCUUCUGGUUAUAAAAAACAGGUGUCAAUGCCAGAAUUGAUGGAUUUGGUAAAUCGCUACAGGCCCAGUGUCGUAUGGUCUGAUGGUGCUCCAGCGACGAGCGACUACUGGAAGGCAAAGGAAUUUCUAGCGUGGCUUUACAAUGACUCCCCAGUCAAGGACGAGGUGGUGGUGAACGAUCGGUGGGGCUUAGAUGCCAAUUGCCAACAUGGCGAUUUCUUUAACUGUGAAGAUAGAUUUCAUCCCAACAAGGUGCUCUCUCACAAAUGGGAGAGCUGCAUCACACUGGAUCGCUACUCGUGGGGCUUCCGACGCGAAAGCCGUCUGGAUGACUAUCUAUCCCCCGAAGUAAACCAAAUGUUCAAUCUUCAUGAGCUGAUAGAAAACCUCAUCAGUGUGGUUGUCUACGGAGGAAAUUUGUUAGUGAAUGUGGCGCCAACGUCUUGGGGCACAAUUCCACCGAUCUACGAGGAGAGGCUCCUGACCAUGGGACAGUGGCUGAAAACGAAUGGAGAGGCCAUCUACAAAACAACGCCUUGGAAGUACCAAGUUGAUAGCAAACGCGAGAAGCUAUGGUACCUCCAGAAAAACGCAACCGAACCGAACCCCGUAGUCUACGCCUUCUUUGCAGAUUGGCCUAGCACCCAGGUUAAGGCUACCAACGAUGUGUCAAAGUUUACACUUCUAGACGGUAAAGAUGGAACAACGCUUUCCUAUACGCUCAGUGAUAACAAUAACUGCGUCUCUGUACACCUGCCACCAACUCAACCAGAUGGAUCGUUCGUCGCAUGGGCAAUACGAAUGGAAAAUGUUCAACCUGUAUAA